AUGGAUGACUACGAGAAGAUCUCAGUAGUAGGACGUGGAGCGCAUGGUGUUUGUUGGCUUUGUCAACGUAAAGAUGAUGUUUUCCGACAAAAAGUUAUCAUAAAAACAAUAGCUUUAGAGGGACUCGCUGAAGAAGAACAGAAUGCUAUCAUGGGCGAGGUAACUCUACUAAAGCGCCUUCAUCAUCCCCACAUUAUUGGAUACUAUGAGUCGUUCAAGACCGAAAAUGCUUUUUCGAUUGUCAUGCAAUAUGCUGAGGGUGGAACAAUGGAUAAAAUGAUUUCGGAGCAAAAAGGAAUUAAAUUUCUUGAAAAUACUAUACUCAAUUAUUUUACACAGGUUGCUAUUGGACUUGAAUAUAUGCAUUCCAAGCAAAUACUUCAUAGAGAUUUGAAAACGCAAAAUAUUUUGUUAAAUAAAAAACGAACUAUUGUUAAAUUGAGUGAUUUCGGAAUUAGUAAGGAGUUAUCAACAAGAAGUUUAGCAUCUACAAUUAUUGGCACACCAAAUUAUCUUUCUCCAGAAAUCUGUGAAGGCAGAGCGUACAAUCAGAAAAGCGAUUUAUGGGCCUUAGGGUGUGUGCUAUAUGAACUUGCUGAAUUAAAGCGAGCAUUUGAUGGCGAAAAUUUGCCAUCAAUUGUCAUGAAAAUCACAAAAGGAAAGCAUAAUCCAAUCUCUGAACACUGGAGUGAUGAUUUAAAGAGUUUGAUCAGUUCCAUCUUGGAUGUUAAUGAGAACAAAAGACCUCUUCUCAAAGAGAUUCUCACAUGUCCACUGAUCUUACCAGUUUGUCUAGCAAUUAAUUUGGAUCUUGGUGCAUUACCUUCUUCGCCGCUUAAAAAAACUCGUCAGAUUGCCUCCUCGAAUAGUAGCAUUUUACGCACACAACCCAUAGCGGUAAAAGCUACAGCUUAUUGA